AUGUAUUCCCAAUUUCUCGACAGACAGGGCAAUACAAUCCCCCUAUCUCAAGUGAUUGGAAGCGGUGCUACCUCAGUCGUCUUACUCCAACAUGGUAUCGCCGUUAAAACCCCGUUAAGAUGUCUGUUGAGCUCAGAGUCUGACGUCGAGGUGAACCUCAUGAGCAUUAAACGCGAGCAGGAUGUCUAUCGUCGUCUUGAAAACCCAGAGGAUCCUGGCUCGAGUGGGAUUGUUAAAUUCAUUGGAUUCUUGCCCGAAGCCACGAAACUAGCCUAUAUGGCUAAUGGAGAUCUUCGAUCCUACUUAGCAAACCACCGUCCUUCUUCUCAGCUUCAAAUCACCUGGUUCCGUGAGAUGGCUUAUACACUAGGUUACAUCCAUGAGAGGUGUGUGCUGAUUACAGAUAUCGCUAGUCGAAACUUUCUUCUUGACCCAAACCAAUCCAUCAAGUUCUGUGAUUUCUCAGAAGCGUCUCUUCUUCCUCUGGACACCGAUAUGAGCACCGUGGAUGACAAUGGUUAUACAACACAAGUCGAUAUCGGCCUCCUUGGGGCAGUCAUAUAUGAGGUUGUGACUGGCAAAAAGUGCAAGAUUGAUCUCUAUCAAAAUAACUCUGCUGCCGAUGGCCGAGCCUAUUGGCCAGAAAGAAAAUCUCUGCCGAGUACUGAAGAUGUUUGGCUUGGUCGGAUUAUCGAAGGCUGCUGGAAUGGUGAAUUCAGCAGCGCCCAGAGCCUUCUGCAAGCUUUAAAUUCAGAUCACCUCUUACCAUCUUCUCUCGCCCAACCGCAUCCCACUGGCUGGCUGGGGUUUAUCACGGAUUCCUUUCAAGUGCGGCCAAUCACGACCAUCUGCGGUACACUGGGUCUCGUGUUUUUUAUUCUCUACGCCGGCAGCAAAAGAUCUCUACUGCAACGCGAAGUUCGUCUCUCUUUGUGUAAAUGA